GGCUGCCGAGCUGCCUCUCGCCAGCCUGGCUCACACCCUGGAAGAUGAGCCCAGCCUGCUCGCCUGCCCGCUGCCCGAGCCGGGCUGUCCCCGGCCACCGCUGACCUCCGUGCCCAAGCAGCAGCGGGGAUGCCGGCGUUCUGCUAACCAACCGCCCCCCCCGGCCACCCUGGGGUCCCCCAGCCUCUCCUCUGGCAUCCCGGGAGCCGAAGCGGUGGCGAUGAUGACGGACGUGCUGGUGCAGCCCGACGGCAGCCCCAGUCCUGGGGGCGAGCGCCUGGAGCCUGGCCCGGAGGAGCCCGAGGGCAAGCGGCCCUCCACCACGGGCGCCCGCCUCUGGGGCCGGGUGCGCAGCAAGCUGCUGAGGCAGAAGCUGGACCCGCAGGCCGUGCAGACCAAGAACUGGCACAUGGACGUGAUUGAGAUGAACGGGAUCAAGGUGGAGUUCUCCAUGAAGUUCACGAGCAGAGACAUGAGCCUGAAGAGGACGCCGUCCAAAAAGCAGACCGGUGUCUUCGGAGUCAAAAUCAGCGUCGUCACCAAGCGCGAGCGCUCCAAGGUGCCUUACAUCGUGCGCCAGUGCAUCGAGGAGGUGGAGAAGAGGGGCAUUGAGGAGGUCGGCAUCUACAGGAUCUCCGGCGUCGCCACGGACAUCCAGGCCUUGAAGGCAGUCUUUGAUGCGAAUAACAAGGACAUCCUGGUGAUGCUGAGCGACAUGGACAUCAAUGCCAUCGCUGGCACGCUCAAGCUGUAUUUCCGAGAGCUGCCCGAGCCCCUCCUCACUGACAGACUGUACCCCGCCUUCAUGGAGGGCAUCGCCCUCUCGGAUCCUGCUGCCAAGGAGAACUGCAUGAUGCACCUUCUCCGCUCGCUGCCUGAACCCAACCUCAUCACUUUCCUCUUCCUGCUGGAGCACUUGAAAAGGAGCCCAUCAAAAACAAAAAUGUCCCUCCACAACCUGGCCACAGUCUUUGGGCAAACACUGCUGAGACCCUCGGAGGGGGAGAGCAAAGGACACCUCACCCUGGCCUCCGACAUCUGGUCCCACGACGUGAUGGCCCAGGUCCAGGUCCUCCUCUACUACCUGCAGCAUCCUCCCAUCUCCUUCACUGAGCUGAAGCGCAACACACUUUAUUUCUCCACGGACGUGUAGCCUGCAGGGAGGAGGCACCAGCUGCAAACACUCCAGCUCCCUGCUGGGGGCCAUGGACCGGAUCAAGGCCCCCAGGGAGAUCGGCCUGGCCCCAGGACGGUGCCGCCUGC